GCCCCCUGGUCCCUCACCUGGGCCGAGCCCUCCGGCCGCUGAGGUGCGCGGAACCCCGCUAGGAGCGAACGGCGCGCGGCACUCUGGUUACUGCGGAAGCGCCGCGCUGGGGAGGCAGCCGCCGCCGGGGACGGAUGCUGAGGUGGAGGCUGUCGGGAGCCGCCGCCCGCUGAGGGACGCUCUCUAGAGAUCGCCGUUCCUGGGGGGGACGCCAAGUCGCCGACCGGAAGGGUCUGGGGCCGGUGCGUCGGGAGCCACUGCCGAGGAGGAAGUCUCGAGGUAGGGGCUGCGUCUGCCCGCCCCGAGCCCGCCCGGUCCUGGGUCCGAGGCCGUCCUCGGCUGCGGAGGGCAGCCCGGCCGUGUGGGUGGAGGAGGCUCCGCCUGGGCGCCGCCCGCCGUCUCCGCGCCGUCCCACCCACCGGGGCCUCGCGGGCGCGAGAGGCGAGGCCGCAGCCAUCGCAGCCGAGAUAGUUCCCUGAUGUCGCCCCCCGUCCCCUGCCGAGAGGUCGCCCGCCGCUGGUGACAGAGCGGCAGUGUCACAGCGCGACGAGCCGACGUCAAAACGGAAAACAUCGCCCGCCGCCGCCCGCAGGGAAAACCCAUCCAGAAGCAGGGGGAGGAAAAAGAAAAAAAGGAAAUAAAUGGAUUGCCUGAAAGAGGAGAGUCUAAUCGGGCGCCCUUGGGGCAGGCGAGUUUUUAAGACAGCUUUCUAAGCCCUGGACAACUUGUGGACUCCCUUUCUCCGGUUCUGUAAAUUAUUGAUUUGAAUCGUGAUCCCGUGACUGUUCGCUGGCGUCUGGCCGGUUCCCCCGCGCUCUUUUUUUUUUGGUAACGCAUUUUGGGGGAGAACCUCUCAAAUCACCAAAACCCGACGAGGAACCAAAGGGUCUCCAGCCGCUGACUCGGGGGUCGCCGGAGGGGAGCCUGUGAACCAUGUGGACUUUUCUAGGCAUUGCCACUUUCACCUACUUCUACAAGAAAUGCGGAGACUUCGUCACGUUGGCCAACAAGGAGCUGCUACUGUGCGUCCUGGUGUUCCUGUCGCUGGGCCUGGUGCUCUCCUAUCGCUGUCGCUACCGCCCCGGGGCCCUGCUCGCGCGCCAGCAGAGCGGCUCCCAGUUCGCGCUCCUCUCCGACAUCCUGUCGGCGCUGCCUCUCAUUGGCUUCUUCUGGUCCAAGUCCCCCCCGGGGUCGGAGGAUAAAGAGCAGCUUGGGUCUAGGAGGCACAAAAAAGGAACCAAUAUUUCAGAAACAACCUUAAUAGGAGCAGCUACCUCUUCAUUGAUACCUUCUCAGAAUGAUCCAGAAGUUAUCAUCGUGGGAUCUGGCGUACUUGGCUCUGCUUUGGCAGCAGUGCUUUCCAGAGAUGGAAGAAAAGUGACAGUAAUUGAGAGAGACUUAAAAGAGCCUGACAGGAUAGUUGGAGAACUUCUGCAGCCAGGUGGUUAUCAUGUCCUUAAAGACCUUGGUCUUGAAGACGCAGUGGAAGGUAUUGAUGCCCAGUUUGUAAAUGGCUACAUGAUUCAUGAUCAGGACAGCAAAUCACACGUUCACAUUCCUUACCCUGUCUCAGAAAACAGUCAAGUGCAGAGUGGAAGAGCUUUCCAUCAUGGCAGAUUCAUCAUGAGUCUCCGGAAAGCAGCCAUGGCAGAGCCCAAUACAAAGUUCAUUGAGGGCAUUGUGCUACAGUUAUUAGAAGAAGAUGAUGCUGUGGUGGGAGUUCAGUACAAGGAUAAAGAAACCGGAGACAUCAAGGAACUCCAUGCUCCAUUGACUGUUGUUGCAGAUGGAAUUUUUUCCAGGUUCAGGAAAAACCUGAUCUCCAGUAAAGUUUCUGUUACAUCUCAUUUUGUUGGCUUUCUAAUGAAGGAUGUACCACAGUUUAAAGCAAAUCAUGCUGAACUUAUUUUAAGUGAUCAGAGUCCAAUUCUCAUCUACCAGAUUUCAUCUAAUGAAACUCGAGCACUUGUUGAUAUUCGAGGAGAAAUGCCAAGGGAUUUAAGAGAAUACAUGGCUGAAAAAAUUUACCCACAAUUACCUGAUCAUCUGAAAGAACCAUUCCUAGAAGCCAUUCACAAUUCUCGUUUGAGAUCUAUGCCAGCAAGCUUCCUUCCUUCUUCACCAGUAAACAAACGAGGGGUUCUUCUCUUGGGAGAUGCGUAUAAUAUAAGACACCCUCUUACUGGAGGAGGAAUGACUGUUGCUUUUAAAGAUGUAAAACUAUGGAGAAAAUUGCUGAAAAGUAUCCCUGACCUUUAUGAUGAUGCAGCUGUUUUCCAGGCCAAAAAAUCAUUCUAUUGGACAAGAAGAAGGUCUCAUUCCUUUGUUGUGAAUGUCCUUGCUCAGGCUCUUUAUGAAUUAUUUUCUGCCCCAGAUGAUUGCCUACAUCAACUAAGAAAAGCUUGUUUUCUUUAUUUCAAACUUGGUGGAGAAUUUGUUGCUGGUCCUGUUGGGCUGCUUUCUGUACUGUCUCCGGACCCUCUGGUUUUAAUUGGACACUUCUUUGGUGUUGCACUCUAUGCCACAUAUUUUUGCUUUAAAUCAGAACCUUGGAUUACAAAACCCCGAGCCAUCUUCAGGAGUGGUGCUGUACUGUACAAAGCAUGCUCUGUAAUAUUUCCUCUCAUUUACUCAGAAAUGAAGUACUUGGUUCAUUCAGCCUAAACGAGGGAACUAUUUGUGAAUGAAUAUUUGGAACUCACCAAGUGCUAAGAGACUUUGGAAAAGAAUGUAAAUAGGAUACUACUCUACCACUUUUAAAGUGGAAACUCUUGGACCAACUUUGGGAUUAAGUUGUUUUUGAAGCUGUUUGUAAAUAAAUAUGUAAAUAUAUACUUUAAUUUGCAAUUUCAAAUGAAAGAUAAAAUAAGAUAGAUAUUUAAAAGAAAUUAUUGUUACCAUAAAUUAGUGCUGAUACUGAGGAACUGUGGUUUUUCUUCUGAAUUCAAUAUUUGGGAUAAGUCAUUGUGGGGCAUGCAAAUAAAAUGAAGAAUGAACCCUCA